AUGAGCGUUUUCUGCUGUUUGACGUCGUGGCUCUGCCUGGCUGCUGCCGCAGCGCUAGUGGCGACAGUUCUGAGCAAAUACAAGAGGAGCCCGGAGCAGGUGGGGAACCAGGUAGUGUGCCUGGCCCUGGGCCUCUGGGCGGCUGUUUGCCUGGCCAGCCUGUCCCUCUUCUGGGGCUUCACACUCUUCUGCCUGUCAUGUUUCCUCAUGUACACUUACCUGUCUGAGCAAGUGUGGUUACCUGUGGGACAGAAGGCGGUCCUGGUGACAGGCAGCGACUGUGGGUUUGGCCAUGAGAUCUGCAAACAUCUGGACAAGAUGGGCUUCACGGUGUUCGCUGGGGUCUUGAAUGAACAAGGCUCGGGGGCAGAGGAGUUGCGAAGAAACUGCUCCAGUCGCCUGUCUGUGCUCCAGAUGGAUGUCACCGACCCCGAACAGGUCAAGGAUGCUCAUAGCAAAGUCACCGAGAAGGUGAAGGACAAAGGGCUGUGGGCUGUGAUCAACAAUGCUGGGAUCAUUGGCUUCCCUGCAGAUGGGGAGCUCAUUCCUAUGAACGAAUACAAAAAGUGCAUGGCCGUGAACUUCUUUGGAGCUGUACAUGUCACAAAGACAUUUUUGCCUCUUCUUAGGAAAUCCAAGGGCAGGCUGGUAAACAUCAGCAGCAUGGGAGCAGGGGUCCCGAUGGAAAGGCUAUCAUGCUAUUCCUCAGCAAAGGCGGCGCUGACGAUGUUUUCAUCAGUAAUGAGACAGGAGCUUUCCAAAUGGGGAGUUAAAGUUGCUAUCAUCCAACCUGGAGGCUUCCAAACAAAAAUCAUGGGCACCAGUGAUGCGUGGGAGAAGCACGAGAAGAAUAUCAUGGAGCAGCUACCUGGUGAGGUGUUGGAGGACUAUGGUGAGGACUACAUCCUGACAAUGAAGAACUUCCUGAUCAAUAUCCAGACCCUGGCCAGCCCCGACUUUUCCCCGCUGAUACUUGACGUGCAACAUGCCCUAUGCGCCAAGCACCCUUCUGCCUUUUACUCACCAGGGAAAAUGGUUUUCCUGUGGCUCUGUGUUGCUUCCAUCUUGCCUACUAGCUUAUCUGAUUAUAUUUGGAAAAAACAUAGUGGCUCACCCGGGCACAUGCCCAGGGCUUUGAGCCUGCCCAAUAGGAAUAAAGCCAUGUAGGCCUCAGAAAGGGAGGUGGAGGGGAGCUGUUGUUGUCUCAGCAUGAAUGGGAAACCAUGAGCUACCCAUUAAAGUGUUUAC